AUGGAUGCCUUCAGAGAUGUCAUGGAUGAGUGCGGUUUUCGUGAUCUUGGGUUUAAAGGUAAUCGUUUCACAUGGCAGCGAGGGACUUGUAUGGAGACCUUUGUUCAAGAGCGGCUCGACAGAUUUAUUGCUAUGGAUGGUUGGUGCUCGUUAUUCCCACACUUUGAGGUAAUUCACUUCCCCAUUUGUCAUUUGGAUCAUGCGGCUAUUUUGUUAAAAUGUGGGGAUAAGGAUGACAGAAAUAAAAAGAAGAAAUUGUUCAAAUUUGAGUCAUUAUGGCUUUCGAAUAAGCAAUGUGCUAAAGUAGUGUCUGAUCACUGGAUGGCAGGGGUGAGUGAACCUAUGCAUACUAGGAUAGCUAAUGUUGCAGGAGGAUUAUCCACUUGGGCGGCUAGGACUUUUGGUGUUCUUAAAAAGAAAAUUAUAAAUGCUGAGGGUCUCCUUAAGGAGAUUCAAGGAAAAAGACUUGAUGGAGCUUUGCUUGAACAAUGUAAUGCUAUCCGAAGGGAGAUUGAUGAGCUUCGGAGACUUGAAGAGUCUUAUUGGUAUGCAAGGGCAAGGACAAAUGAAUUACGGGAUGGGGACAAAAACACAAAGUAUUUCCACCACAAGGCAAGCCAAAGAAAAAAACGUAAUGCAAUUUUGGGUUUGUUUGAUGAGCAUGGUGACUGGAAAAAUUCAAAACAAGAACUUGAUACUAUUUAUCUCUAA